AUGGGGCUCGUCGACUAUUCAGAUUCCGAAUCCGACUCCGAACCCGUUGCCAAGACCGCGCCCCCCUCACAAUCGGUGGCCGCUCCAGGAGCGAGCGGCAAGAAACCAUUCCAGAAGGUAGUCGACCGAGCGAAACCGGGCAAGAUCCUCGUCAACCUCCCGCAGAGCUCAUCUAGUCGCGACAAGAGCAAACCUGCAGAUGGAGAUAAUGAACCACCCCCGAAACGCACAAGGGCUACGGGUAGAGGAGGCGCGUUCAGCGGCUUAAACUCGUUCCUCCCGCCUCCAAAGAACGUAGGAAAGCCUGCGGCGUCGAGUAAUAGCGGGAAACCGGCGCCAAGGCCAGGUAUCAACCUGAAGACGGGUGCUACCCCUGGUUUUAGUAGGGAGGUGGAUGGGAAUGAAGAGGGGGGUUUAGAUGAGACAUCAAAAAGGGGCGAAGAUGCAGAAUCUACGACAAAGCAGCCAUCUAUACCCGCGGAACAGAAGCCAGCAGACGAGGUCAAAUUAGUCGGCAAGCCAUUAAUGUUUAAGCCAUUAUCAGUAUCGCGAAAACCAGGCAAGAAGAGCGCGGCCAAAGCAUCGAAGAAAACCACUACUACAUCUACACCGCCAGCUCCUCAGCCAAGUGCGGAAUCACAGGCACAGGAGAAAGACAAAGCGGAACCGCCUCCGAAAAGGCAGAAAAUAUCACUUUUCUCAAUAUCCGACGACCCGGAGACAGAAGCAGUAGAGACCACCACAUCCAGCACCGGCAUCUACGAACCCAUGUUCAGCGCCCCCACCUCCGCAGCGGACGACUUCGCCGCAUACGACGCGCAAUUCGCAGCAUCCCACAACACAUUACCACCCCAAGCCACCCCCUCCAACGCCGACACCCUCGACUCCAUAGCCGCAGACAUGAACCUAUCCGCCGCAGCGCGACGCGAGCUAUUCGGGCGCGGCGGCGACCCGUCGUCCUCGUCAGGAAGUCGCGUGGUGCGCUUCGACACGGACCGCGAGUACGCGCACAACGAAGCGCUGCGCGCCUCGGGUCAGCUACAACCCACGUAUAACCCCGUGCGCUCCAUCGCUCCCGGGAAGCACAGCCUUCGGCAGCUCGUUACGCAGGUCCAGAGCCAGCGCGACGCGUUGGAAGAGAGCUUUGCGAAGGGACAUGGGAAUCGGAAGGAAGCGAGCGCCAAGUACGGGUGGUGA